CCUGUCCUCUCUGGGCAGCCAGGUCUGCCUGUGUCCAGUGUCUGUGUCCAGGCUGUGUGUUCCUCCUGCGCUGACCCGUCUCCUGUCCCUCCGCAGUGCCAGGUGCAGGUGAACCGGCGCGUGCUGAGCGACCUGGCAGUGACCGAGCCGCGGUCCUUCCGCUCUCUGGCCGUGCUGGCGCAGACGCGGAGGGAGGAGGGCUUCCGGGCUGCCCUGGGGGACGGCCGCGAGCCGCCCGGCAUCUUCUCCCGCGUGGUCCAGUCGCAGUGACCCGCUGACCGCCACCCGUGGACCACAGCCAGCCAGUCAAUCUGGGAUUGACCUUUGACCUUGGACUGUUUCUGUAAAUAUAUGGGCAGCACAGCUGUGUACUGUCGUCUUUAGUAUAGUCUACUGGAGAGAGAAUAAACUCGCGUUGUUUGAUUAAACUGA